ACACUUCCCGGUGGCCCGCAGUGCCGAUUGGCGGCGGCGCGCGUAGCCUGAGCCGGGAGGGGCACCUGCCCCCGCGUCCGACGGUCCCCGCCCCUGCAGGUGUCCAGCUCAAAUAGCGGGCACUGCGGCUCUGCACAGUGGCCCGGGAGGACCGGUGCGGAAGGAAAAUGCAGCUCCUGGGAUUGGUGGUCUGUUUGGUCCUUGGGACCCUGCGUUCUGAGGUGUCCGGAGACAGUCUGGAUCUGGAUCCGGAGACAAAUAUGAAUGUGAGUGAAAUUAUCGUUCACUGGGGUUUCCCUAGUGAGGAGCACUUCAUCGAGACAGAAGACGGAUAUAUUCUUUGCCUUCACCGUAUCCCUCAUGGGAGAAAGAACAAUUCUGCCAAAGGUCUUAAGCCAGUGGUGUUCCUGCAGCACGGCCUUCUGGCAGACUCUAGUAACUGGAUCACAAACCUGCCCAACAGCAGCCUGGGCUUCAUUCUGGCAGACGCUGGUUUUGACGUGUGGAUGGGGAACAGCAGAGGGAACACUUGGUCUCGGAAACACAAGACUCUUUCAGCUUCCCAGACUGAAUUCUGGGCUUUCAGUUUUGAUGAAAUGGCAAAUUAUGACCUACCAGCUUCGAUUAACUUCAUUGUGAAUAAAACUGGCCAAGAACAAGUAUAUUAUGUGGGUCACUCUCAAGGCACCACGAUAGGUUUUAUAGCAUUUUCACAGAUUCCCGAGCUGGCCAAGAAGGUUAAAAUGUUUUUUGCCCUGGCUCCUGUGGCUUCAGUCGAGUUCUCUACGAGCCCACUAACUAAAUUAGGAAAAUUGCCAGAAUUUCUCUUGAAGUGUGUGAAGAACUUCGCAGGCAUCGUGAUUGCCUCAAAAUACUGGAACACAUUGGUCACGGCUUCACGUACCCCAGGAGUCAGCAGACUUCUUCCCUUAAAGGACUUGUUUGGGGUCAAAGAAUUUCUUCCCCAGAGUACGCUUUUGAAGUGGCUGGGCACACACAUUUGCAACCACGUCAUUCUGAAGGAGCUCUGUGGAAAUGCCUUUUUUGUUCUCUGUGGAUUUAACGAGAAGAACUUAAACAUGUCCAGAGUGCCUGUGUAUGUAGCACACUCUCCUGCCGGAACCUCUGUGCAAAAUAUGCUUCACUGGGGCCAGUUUAUUAAAUCCCUGAAGUUCCAAGCCUUUGACUGGGGAAGCGGCGCCAGGAAUUAUUUCCAUUACAACCAGACUUAUCCCCCGCUGUACAGCAUGAAGGACAUGCCGGUGCCCACGGCCGUCUGGAGCGGGGGCCAGGACUCGCUGGCGGACAUCAAGGAUAUCAGCGUCUUACUGUUGCAGAUCACCAACUUGGUGCACAACAAGUUCAUCCCAGAGUGGGAGCACCUGGACUUUAUCUGGGGCUUGGAUGCCCCGUGGCGGCUCUAUAAUGACAUAGUGGAUCUGAUGAGGAAAUACCCGUGAGAGGCCACAGGAGGGGACUGUGCAUUACAGUGCAUGCGCUUCCCUUCUCGGAAAGGGCUGUCUGUCUUUCCCAGGCUGUCUGCUUUUUGUCUCUGAUCAAAUUAUGAUUGAUGUUUUUCAAGUGCCUCCAGGAUUAGAAAUGCACGUUUUUGGUUUAAUCAUGGCCUCAUCGAGGGUGGCCUCUUGAAGGCUUUUUAAAAAUACCACUGACUUGUAAAAGGUCCUAACCCUUCUGGGGUUAGAAUUUAACAUACACAACGUUGCCUUUUUACCGUCACACAGGCCAUGCUGGGCAGGUGUCGGAGUUUCCAUUGUAAAUGGAAACUGUGUUCCAUUGGUAAAUGACCUGACACUGAUUUGAAAAAGCUCCCCGUGCACUCAGUUUUUACCUCUUUGCCAUAAAGGGCUCUGCAGUCCACUGGCCUUGUGGUCACUAGGGAGCUACGUGACAAGUUCUCAUGCUUUCAUGUGCUAGGCAUGGAGUCUAAUCCUGUGACACCCUAGCUGGGCCAGUUGGAAAGAUUCUAGAAUGAAUUUUAUGAAACCUAACCAUGAUAAGUCAUUUUUUAGCAAGUGUUUAAAUUGUUCAGACGAAGCCAAGUAGUUUGCUGGAAUCUUCAGAAAAUAAAUGACAUUCAUUUAGAAAAACCCCAAACCCUAUAUUUUAAAUAGCUCAAAGACCAAUUCAGGCAACCAUCUAAAUUCAUAAACUUAUAAUUGGGUGGUGGGCUGUCAGUCCAUGUGGGUGAGAACACAAGUACCCCUCUUUUCUGCAAAAUCAGUGCAUUCUCUUAGCAGCCGUAGCUCACUGCUGCCUUAGGUCGGUGCUCCCGUGGGGGAAGCAGAAGCCCAGGGGCUGUCUGGGAGGAGUGUCCUAACCAUUUUCACAUGGAAGAAAUGUGAGUGUGAAUGUUUUCAGACAAAUGCUCAGGGAUUCUUUCUGUUUUUUGGUUUUGUACGUGUCCAUAUUUUCAAUACUGUUGAUUCGCGUCCCAAUUCAGGAAGCCCUUAUUCAUGAACCUGCUUUUCUUGAUGCACGAUUUCUUUGCAGUGCUGAUGGAUGGACAGAAUGACAAUUGAUGUGAUUCUGACAGAGCUCUUUUAGCUGCGGUAAUAAACGAUACUGGGGACUGGCUAAUGUAUGCAGACAGCGUGAUACUACUUUGUAACAUUUAAAGAGUCUUAUUUGAGUAACUUUUCAAUAAAACGCAGUAGCCUCCUAGGCCCGAA